UCUCUCUCUCAUGCAGUCUGUUCGCAGUACUCGCGGGGUGUGUUUGCUAUCUUCGGCCUGUACGACAAGCGUUCGGUGCACACCCUGACGUCGUUCUGCAGCGCACUGCACAUCUCCCUGGUCACGCCCAGUUUCCCCACGGAGGGGGAGGGCCAGUUCACCCUGCAGCUCCGCCCCUCUAUCAGAGGAGCUCUGCUGUCCCUGCUGGACCACUACGACUGGAGCCGCUUCGUAUUCCUCUACGACACAGACAGAGGUUACGCCAUCUUACAGGCAAUCAUGGAGCGUGCAGGUCAAAACGGUUGGCAGGUGAGUGCAAUCUGUGUGGAGAGUUUCAACGAGGCAGCGUACCGUCGUCUGCUAGAAGACCUGGACCGCCGGCAGGAGAGGAAGUAUGUCAUCGACCUGGAGCCUGAGAGACUGCAGUGCAUUCUAGAACAGGCCAUUAGUGUGGGCAAACAUGUCAAAGGCUACCAUUACAUCUUGGCCAACCUCGGUUUUAAAGACAUAUCUCUAGAGAGGUUUAUGCAUGGUGGGGCUAACGUCACAGGGUUCCAGUUGGUUGACUUCAGUAAGCCCAUGGUUCUCAAACUGAUGCAGCGCUGGAACAAACUGGACCAGAGAGAGUAUCCAGGCUCUGACAGCCCACCCAAGUACACCUCGUCUCUGACGUAUGAUGGGGUGUUGGUGAUGGCCGAGGCCUUCAGGAACCUGCGUCGUCAGAAGAUAGACAUCUCCCGUAGAGGAAAUGCUGGAGACUGUCUGGCCAACCCAGCUGCCCCCUGGAACCAGGGCAUAGACAUGGAACGCACACUCAAACAGGUGCGUAUCCAGGGUCUGACAGGUAACAUCCAGUUUGACCACUACGGCCGCAGAGUCAACUACACCAUGGACGUGUUUGAACUGAAGAGCAACGGACCACAACGGAUUGGCUACUGGAAUGACAUUGACAAACUGGUUCUGGUCCAAAAUGAGGUGUUGUUGUCCAAUGACAGCACCAACUUGGAGAACAGGACAGUCGUCGUGACAACAAUCAUGGAAGGUCCGUAUGUGAUGCUGAAGAAGAACUGGGAGAUGUUUGAGGGGAAUGACCAGUUCGAGGGCUACUGCGUGGACUUGGCCUCAGAGAUCGCCAAACACAUCGGCAUCAAGUACAAGAUUGCCAUCGUCCCUGACGGCAAGUACGGAGCCAGAGACCCCGAGACCAAGAUCUGGAAUGGCAUGGUGGGAGAACUGGUCUAUGGGAAAGCAGAGAUAGCGGUCGCCCCUCUGACUAUAACCCUGGUCCGUGAGGAGGUGAUAGACUUCUCUAAGCCCUUCAUGUCCUUGGGGAUCUCCAUCAUGAUCAAGAAGCCCCAGAAGUCUAAACCUGGAGUGUUCUCCUUCCUGGACCCUCUGGCCUACGAGAUCUGGAUGUGUAUCGUCUUCGCUUACAUAGGAGUCAGUGUGGUGCUGUUUCUGGUGAGUCGUUUUAGUCCGUAUGAGUGGCAUGCAGAGGAGCCAGAAGAGGGCUCUACUGAGCCAGGCCCCAAUGACCAGCCACCCAACGAGUUUGGCAUCUUCAACUCUCUCUGGUUCUCACUGGGGGCCUUCAUGCAGCAGGGCUGCGACAUCUCACCACGGUCUCUGUCGGGGCGUAUAGUGGGUGGCGUGUGGUGGUUCUUCACUCUCAUCAUCAUCUCGUCCUACACGGCCAACCUGGCUGCUUUCCUCACAGUGGAGAGGAUGGUAUCGCCCAUAGAGAGUGCUGAGGAUCUGGCCAAGCAGACGGAGAUCGCCUAUGGAACACUGGACUCAGGCUCCACCAAGGAGUUCUUCAGGAGGUCAAAGAUUGCUGUAUAUGAGAAGAUGUGGUCCUAUAUGAAGUCUGCUGAGCCCUCUGUCUUCGCUAAGACCACAGCGGAGGGCGUGGCUCGCGUCCGCAAGUCCAAAGGGAAGUACGCUUUCCUCCUGGAGUCCACCAUGAAUGAGUACACGGAACAACGCAAGCCCUGCGACACCAUGAAGGUUGGAGGCAACCUGGACUCCAAGGGAUAUGGCAUCGCCACACCUAAAGGCUCACAGCUAAGAAAUGCGGUCAACCUGGCCGUGUUAAAACUCAACGAGCAGGGCCUGUUGGACAAAUUGAAAAAUAAAUGGUGGUACGACAAGGGAGAGUGUGGCAGCGGGGGAGGGGACUCCAAGGACAAGUCCUCCCAGGCCCUGAGCCUGAGCAACGUGGCUGGGGUCUUCUACAUCCUGGUGGGGGGUCUGGGCCUAGCCAUGCUGGUGGCCCUGGUCGAGUUCUGCUACAAGUCGCGUGCCGAGGCCAAGCGCAUGAAGCUGCCCUUUACAGAAGCCAUGCGGAACAAGGCUCGGCUGUCAAUCACGGGCAGUGUGGGUGAGAAUGGGCGUGUCUUAACACCGGACUGCCCUAAGGCCGUCCAUGCUGGCCACUCCCUCAGACACCCAGGGCUUACCCUACCAUCGGGCCUACCCUGAAAACCAAAAACACACACUGUGCCUUAACCACACACACGGCUACGUCAUUACCACCCCGACGCCACACACACAGACACACAGACCAGAGACCGCCAGCAAGCUAACAGCAACAACAGGGAGAGAGGAGGGACAAAUAUGAUGAUCACCAUCACACUAAAAUCCUAAUUUGAGCUCCAUGAAACAAGGACAACAAGGUGACAAACUAACAGUGUUAGAACACUGACGACGUGGAACCGGAAAGAAAAACUGAGAAAGAUAAAAAGAUGAAAAUGGUGAUGAUGAUGGUGAUGAUGAAGACUUUGAGCACUGUCAUGAGCAGGCAGACGUGACUUUAUCUGCCCCAAUGUGAUAGACUGCGUCCUCUAACAAGCCACACCCCUGAUCCCCUACCAGGAAACAAUGCUUUAGGACAAAUCUUCAUCAUCUUCACUUGCCUACGAAGAAUAAGCUCCAGGCGAAUCACUUAUAAGACCAGAAAACUGUAAACCUGAAAACGUUGGACUGUACAAACCUGCUCUUUCUCCAUGAACUGUUCAGACGAACAUGCUUUUACAACGCUUUGGUUAGCGUCUCGCAAACACAAUGCAGAGAUCACUGAAGUUACCGUAAUAGAUGAAAACUCAACUGAUAUCUCCAAACUCUUAUGGCUAACACGACCGUAGGAUUCACAGGGGUUUGUAAAAAAUGAAAAUAAAAAGAGUAAUAGCUACUGAAACGAUCCAUAAUAAUGACAGUAACGCUAAAUAACAACUACAUGUAUCCCUUCUCUGGGCGGGAAACAGAGGUAAAGCUGUACAUUCUGUGAAAAGUGAAGAAAACGUAUAAAGGUAAAUCCCCCAUAUAAGGUAUUGUUUUUGACCAGGGCCAGAUUUAGCCAUCUAGAGCGCUGGUGUAAAGUAGUCCACUAUAUGGGGGACAGGGUGUCACGUGGGACAUGUUGUUUUCCAGUGGAGAGGGAAGGUACUGACUGUUUCAGAAGCUUGCAUUUUAAACUGUUGUAAAUUACUGUGUAGCAAAACUGAACUCACCUCUCUUUUUUAACCAUCUUAGGUAAUAAUUCAUUGCAAUAAUGAAUAUAAGAAAAUGCCACUUGUAAUUAUG